AUGAAGUCGUCUGGAGGAACGACUUGCGCGAAAGCGAUACAACUGUUCGAGGAGAAAACCGGGCAGACGGCGUCCGAUGCGGAGGAAGUUAAAUUGAUAUGCAUGCUGCCGCCCAUCGAAAAAAUGGAUAACUCUUUGAACACAUUGACGACUUGUCGGCAUCUGUCAUUGUCAACAAACAGCAUCGAGAAGAUGAUAAACCUGCCAAACCUCAGUAUACCCUUGUGCGGACGCUCCUCUGUACCAUGUUCAGAAAAUCUGCAGAUUCUUUCUCUCGCUCGCAAUCAAAUCAAACGCAUUAGCGGCCUGGAAGAAGUCGGCCAGACUUUGCGCGAGCUCUGGCUGUCGUACAACCAGAUCGAAAGGCUGGACGGUCUGCAGCCGUGCGUGAAGCUUGAGGUUCUAUACAUGUCUAACAAUAAAGUGAAAGGGUGGGAAGAGGUGGAAAAGCUUGCCGCUCUCCCUACCAUAGUAAACGUCCUCUUUAAGGGAAAUCCUUUCUACGAUACAGUGGUAACUGAAGAUAUGAGAGAAAAGGCUCUAACGCUUCCCUAA